AACGAAAUGAACAAAUCGUAACAAAACGGUGAUUUAAGUAAGGAUUCGUUUAAAAAGGACGAAUUUGAAACAUUCGCUGACGACACACCAAUACAAUGCAAAAGAUGUGGUGAUAGUUUACGAUGCUUCAACCACUGCAGUCCUGAACAGCAGGACAGCAUAUUUAUGCCCGACAGGCCACUGUAUCCAGGGUAUCGUGUAACACCUGAGACCGAACUGAGAGAACAAAUGCAGGACCGUUGCACUGUUGAUUUCCCGGUAGCUGUGGUGCUACCCGCUGGAGGGUCCGGAGAGAGAACGGGACUCACCACACCUAAACAGUUUGUUACGGUGCUUAACAGACCAUUGAUAAGCUACACAAUUCAAGCAUUCGAAAGAGUAUCAUGGAUCAAAGCCAUAGUGGUUGUAGUUGCCAAGGAAACCCAGGAUUUGAUGCAGAGCAUUGUUCAUAAAUUCCAUCAUGUGAAAGUGAAAGUGGUGCAGGGUGGUAGCACACGGCACAGGUCUAUUUAUAACGGACUGCAAGCCCUCAGUGAGCAGACAGACGGUUCAGCCUUCACCAAACCCAAGGUGGUUAUCAUCCACGAUGCAGUGCGACCUUUUGUGGAAGAGGACCUUCUUCUCAAGGUCACCAUGGCUGCCAAAGACCAAGGGGCCUCUGGUGUUAUACGUCCUCUCGUCUCUACGGUGAUCGCCACGACUACAGAGGGUUACCUGGACCACUCGUUAGAGCGGGCCAAGUACAGAGCCAGUGAGAUGCCACAGGGUUUUCUCUAUGACGUCAUCUGCCAGGCCUACCAGAGGUGCAGUGAGUUUGAUUUUGAGUUUGGUACCGAGUGUCUUCACCUGGCGCUACACUACUGUAACACUAAUGCUAAACUCAUUGAAGGACUGCCUACACAGUUUAAAGUGACCUAUAAACGAGAUUUGGCUGCUGUUGAAUCCAUUUUUAAAGAGACUCUCUCUCAGUCAGUGUGCAUUAUCACAGGCGGUUCUGCUGAGCUGGCUGGCAAAUACCAGAAACACCUCUCUGCCCAUAAUGUGGCAGUGGAUAUUAAACCAAACACCAAAGGAAGCAACACGGUGUCCCUUUCAAAGACGUGGAACUUCAUCCAAGUGUCUGUGAACACUUCUAGCCUGUGUGAGAUACUGGACCUGGUCCAGGCCUGUGAAGAGUCCAGUCAUUCUCUUUUAUAUCCAGUCGUCAUUGUGUGGGUUCUUUUGAAGGGAAAUGAGCGGACAUGUCCUAGCCAAAAAACAGAUGAGUCAGUCACCGUCAAGGACCUGGCGGCUGAGCUCCUACAGAGAAAUGUUUUACUUUACGGUGUCUCUCUGGACUGCACUGUGGUCCCUGAGCAGUUAGAGAGAUCUAUGGAGAGACUAUGUCAAAUCACUCUGUGUCUUAUCAAAGACAGGAACCCAGCUCUUACUGGACAGUUACUAGAAGUCUGAGAGGGAAACACGAUCAUACACUCACACACACACUCUCAUGGUAUUAAUGUACCUUUUGAAAAAUAAAGUUUACACACUCAUUUUGA